AUGCUUAUAUUGAUCCCACCAAACUGUACCCAUUUCAUGCAGCCUUUGGACGUAGGAUUGUUUGGCCCUAUGAAAAAUGAAUGGGCUAAGUGUGUGAAUAGGUUCAGGGCUGCCAACCCAAAUGAAUACGUUACCAAAGAGUCCUUUGCAGGAAUGUUCCUGCCAGUGUACACAAGGGUCAUGAGUAGAGAGAAAAUAGUAAAAUCCUUUAAAAAAUGUGGCAGACAGCCAUUUGAUCAAGACGCUCCUGAUUAUACCAAGCUCAUUCUUGAAGAAGCCCACUCCGGAGACAGUCGAAUAUUUGAAGGAGUGCUUCAAGACGGUCGUGUUGAAGCUUCCACUCAAGUUGAAAAUUUUUUUCAUGUCAAUGUUGCGACACAGACAUCCUCUGACAUCAUCUUGUCUGGUAACACAAGUACUAGCACGAUGGAAGGACUGGGAGCAGGCCCAAACAUUCACCUGAUAACAAAAUCAUUUGAUGACUUUGUCAUCGAUUCGCCACGAUUUGAUUCACUCAGAAUGGUGAAGAGGCAAAAUUGGUUCCAAUAUGCCUUUGAUCGAAAUCAUCGGCAAGAGGAUGCACCAGCUGUUGAUUCCCUUGUUGUUUCCUCUGUUCAUUCACCUAGUAUUUAUUCUAGUUCAGAUGCACAGUGUUCCUCAAUGUCAGCCCCUCCAAACAGGACUAGGCCUAUGUUGGUAGAACCUCAAAGACAAGCAAGACCACCUGCGAUUAGUCCUGCUCUUAAAAAUCAUAAGUGGUUCCCUUCUCCAAAAAAAGCUAUCGGUUAGUGUAUUAACUAGGCUACCUAUAUUUUAAAUUUAUUAUUAUAAUUUCCAUUUUUAAUCUCUGUAAAAUUACCACAUGUAGCCUAUGGUCAUAAAUU